GAUUGAUAAAAAUAGCAUUUAUGUUUAGGAAGGUAGGGGAAUGAAAAAAAAGGGGGGGGGGACUUGACAAGACCUGGUCAAGUAAAUUUCAGUGGAAUUAGUUUAAUGUGUUAAAUCACUAACUCUCUGUGUAAAGCCUUGGUCAAAACCUCUCUGUGUAGAGCCUAAAAUUCAAAUCCUAAUGUGUAGAGACCUCGUCGACAUUUCAGUGUGUUUGUGUGUAGAGCAUUAGUCGAAAGGAGAAAAAUAGUUGAGUACAUGUGUGAUGAUUCAUCAGGGAACAUUCCAAUUGGUUCAACAGAGUUUGUAUCAUUUUUAGAUCUCUCGCUUAAGUUUACCCUGGUACUUAAUGUUAGAACGUAAUUAAGAAAGCAGACUAUAUGGAAGCUUGUUUUGAAGUUGUUGUGUCUUUUUUUCUAAAAUAGAAAUCCACAACCUCAUUAAAUUUGAAUUAUAUAUUAUAUACAUGUAUAUGUAUGUAUAUAUUUUUUAAUCUAUCGAAAUAACGGGGCUGGGGUAUGGCGAGGUAACUAAAUUAAGUGGGCAGUAAUUACGUAGCAUUGUAAGAUCGGAAUGUUUAAAAUAUCAGAUACUUAAAAUGUAUUGAAUUCAAUUUUAUUUUUUAAUAAGUCAUUUGUCCAGUCAAUGGUUCAGGCAUUGGUCCAGUCAUUGGUCCAGUUAUUUGUCCAGGCAUUAGUCCAGGCAUUGGUCUUGUCAUUGACCCAGUCAAGGGUCCAGGCAUUAGUCCAGGCAUUGGCCCACUCCAUAUAUCAGAUCAGAAAUCGAUAUAUUUCUGAGCUCUCACCUCAGUGGUACAAGUGCUUGAUGGUACAAUCCCGGACGUGGCGCACCAUGUACCGGUGGGCAGAAGUAACAAUGUAACCCAGGGAGAAGUCGUUGGGAGCCUCUUUCUGUGUAUGUUUCACCUUGAUUUUGAUUCGAUUCGGUCUGUCAGCUCCACUUGUUCCUUUUACCAUUGAUGAAUACCAUUUUAUGAUGGGGUUAUUUUUCAGAACUGAAUCUCAAACGCUUGAGUCUACACGAUGACGUGCCGCCUGAACUUCCGGUUCGCCAUUUCAGUGUUGACGACGGAGAGGACCUGCCCCCUCCCAUCCCUGAAAGGAAAGGCUCCUUGGAAAUGAUCAUAGAUGAAGGCAUGUCAUGGCAAAUUUUCACGCUAUAUUAUAUGUAUAACACGUUGUCAAAGUAACCUUCACCCUUUAACAGAAACUAAUACACGUUUACAUUCGCUCAUUAAAACGACAUGUGUUCAUACUGUGUAUACAGAAGGUAAUCACCAAUCAUGGCUUAUUUUGAUACCGUGCACUAUUUUCAAUUCUUAGACUUCCAAGGACGAUUCAGCUUCCGGCCGAUCUCGACCGUUCCACUUCCGGAACCUUUGAGUGGAAUUAAGAAAACGUAUCCAAGCCAAGCGCCCCGGAGAAAUGGUGGGUGAAUUUUAUCGCUUUAAAAGUAAAUCCUUUAAGUUAAACUUUAACACAUACUUACUUACAACGUUUAAAGAGGUUUAGUUCAGCUAUAAAACAAUGUUUUGACGCUUGACAUGCCAAUCGAAUAGUUUCAUAAGAUCAAAAACUGGAUAAUCAGGGUUGGCCGCGACAUGUCGGGAAUAGAAAACUAGACUUUUGGGUCUGGUGUGAGGAGGAGCUGAGGUUGUCACGGUGAGGUUUAGAUGCAUGCAUGUCAGUAAGGUUUGUAGGAGCUGAUGUUGUCACUGUGAGGUUUAGACGUCUGCAUGUCAGUAAGGUUUGACGGAGCUGAGGUUAUCACUGUGACAUGGUGUUCCCCCCCCCCCCCCUGCACCCAUUGAUUUUUAACUAGAUCAAAGAUAAUCAGUAUUGGUUGUAAAUGAAAUGACGUCAUCAAGGCGAUCAGAAAGAUAUAAAAUUAAACUCUAGAAUUUCAGAUAACAGCGAUUAAAAAAUGAAAAGAAAAAGCUUUUUAUUAAAAUAUUGAAGCCUACUAGUUAGAACUGCACUUUUCCGUUCUUCAAAGGUGCCAAAUUAUCGUCAAUCACUUCAUUAAUAUCAACAUUUGCCAUCUCAUCCCUUUCAAACGACAAAAUUGCAGGACCAGACUACCUGGAUUGUUUCACGGUAGAUCGCUAAUAUUUCUUUAAAUAAGUUUCAGUUUAUAAAAGUUGAAAGGUCCUCUCAUACGAGGCGAAAAACACACAGAUCGUGCAUUAUGACGCCACAAACACACAGAUCGUGCAUUAUGACGCCACAAACACACAGAUCGUGCAUUAUGAGGGCACAAACACACAGAUCGUGCUUUAUGACGCCACAAACACACAGAUCGUGCUUGAUGACGCCAUAAACACACAGAUCGUGCAUUAUGACGCCACAAACACACAGAUCGUGCAUUUUGAGGCCACAAACACACAGAUCGUGCAUUAUGACGUCACAAACACACAGAUCAUGCGUUAUGACGCCACAGACACACAUAUCGUGCAUUAUGAGGCUACAGACACACAGAUCGUGCAUUAUGACGCUACAGACACACCGAUCGUACAUUAUGACGCCACAGACACAGAGAUCGUGCAUUAUGAGGCUACAGACACACAUAUCGUGCAUUAUGAGGCUACAGACACACAGAUCGUGCAUUAUGACGCUACAGACACACCGAUCGUGCAUUAUGACGCCACAGACACAGAGAUCGUGCAUUAUGAGGCUACAAACACACAGGUCGUGCAUUAUGACGCCACAAACACACAUAUCGUGCAUUAUGACGCCACAAACACCAGAUGGUGCAUUAUGACGCCACAAACACACAGAUCGUGCAUUAUGACGCCACAAACACAUAGAUCGUGUAUUAUGAGAGGAACUGGGGAAACUCAAGGAUGCCACAUUCUGAUAUGAAUGUCAAAUCUUCAAAUUCCGUAUUGACACAUGUUUUGUGUUUAAGGCGAGAUUAAUAUAUGCUGCCCUCAGUGCGUUUGCAGCAACUCAUCAUAUAAAGUGGUCAACUAGAGAUGGACACCAGUAGCUCUUCUUCAGUCGCCAAUAGUAGACGCUUACCUUUAAGCGCAUCAAACAUGGGAUGCAUGGUACUUCCGUCAUGGCUCUUGAUCUAUUUUAGAUUUCUCAUUGCAAAAGUCUCUUAAUUGCGUUCUUGCCCUUAUGGUGUUCAUGUCAACCAGACUUUCCCAGGAACCUUUUACAAGUCAGUCUGCUCUGGUUGCACUCUGCUCUGAUGAAACUAUGUUCGAUAGACAAUCUGCUCUGGCGACACCCUGGUCUGGUGGGACACUGCUCUGGUGACACCCUGGUCUGGUGGGACACUGCUCUGGUGACACCCUGGUCUGGUGGGACACUGUUCUGGUGACACCCUGGUCUGGUGGGACACUGCUCUGGUGACACCCUGGUCUGGUGGGACACUGCUCUGGUGACACCCUGGUCUGGUGGGACACUGCUCUGGUGACACCCUGGUCUGGUGGGACACUGCUCUGGUGACACCCUGGUCUGGUGGGACACUGCUCUGGUGACACCCUGGUCUGGUGGGACACUGCUCUGGUGACACCCUGGUCUGGUGGGACACUGCUCUGGUGACACCCUGGUCUGGUUGGACACUGCUCUGGUGAUGCCUUUGUCUGGCGAUACCCUGUUAUGGGGGGGGGGGGCGCUGCUCAUCUAGUAACAACCUCUUGUGAUGGAAACCUGCUCUGUUGACACUCCUUUGUAAUGGCUACCUGCUCUAGUAGCAUUUUGUUCUUGUAUUUCAAUUUAACUGAGUUCUCUUAUGAAAACGGCUCAACAGUCCUAUUUAGACACUUUCCUUCGAUGUAAUCCACCUGAGGCGUCUGCGUAUAAUAGAGAACGGUUGGAAGACCUGCAUUUCUCAAGUUUUUUGUGUGGGAGAGGAAAUGAUGUUGUCAAUACGUGUGUGACGUGGUGAGGCAAUGGUGGCUGAAGUUGUCACUGUGUAGCGAGUUGGGUUCUAGAGUACAGCUGAAAGUGUCACAACAAAUCUCGCUUAGAAUCUCACGUCCACGCCUACCAUUGAGAGCAAAGGGAAGAUACUCUCUAACGUUUUAGGUCUGUAGAUUACACAGUUAUUUCUUCCUUUCAGAAAAGAUUUGACAAUUUUCCGGAUUGAUUGCUACAGUUUGUUAUUCAAAUACUUAAUCCAAAGAACUAAAAGAAGCUUACAUUCCUUAACUGGACAGAUUACAUUCCAUAACUGGACAGAUUAAAUUCCAUAACUGGACAGAUUACAUUCCAUAACUGGGCAGAUUGCAUUUGACCAGUGACACCCCAUUCACAGCUCGUUACAUAUCGCAGCAAUCUAUAUUUAUAAUUCCAUUUAAAACCUAAACCUCAUUUUUUCCCCCCUUUCAGCAAUACAAAGACCACCAUCCCAACCACCGCCUCCCCCACCUCCACCAGCAGAUGAAUUGACUACAGCCUCUCAGUCGUCUGCCACGUUUAACCUCUCCUCCUCCUCACGCUGGAGUUCGCAGUAUGAGUUUGACGACGAUCUGGAGGAAGACUUCCCCCUUCCGCCCCCACCACCAACAGUUUCCGGCACCCAAGACACCUCGAUUAAACCAACGGAUGAUCGAAAAUCAGCCCCAACGACCCAUGUCUCGACUUUACCACCGCCACCUACACGGCCACCACCGCCUGCCCCACAGACCAAAAAACCGCAGACCUCAUUAUCAACGUUCCCAUCUUCGCCUUCGUUACUUCUGGCGCCCAACACGGUACAGCCUUCUGAUUCUCCCAAACUUCAGGCCGCCAGCACGGUACAGACUACUAGUUCUUCCAAAUUCACCAAAAACACAACAAGGUCAAAGAAGCCAAACCCCCCAGCUUUAAAAAGCGCCAAGUCAGAACCGAACCUCGUCUCGCCGCAUCUGGCCCCGGGAACGACGUCUCCACCGCCACCGCCGAUUCCCGUUCGCCCCCCUCUGCUGUGUGCCGCCAAACCGCAGCCAACCAACGGUCUUCAUGAGAUCGGUGUCCCGCCCGUGGUUCCCCCAAACAAGUCUCAACAUCACCCCAAGCUGCCUUUGAAACCGAUCCACCAGGCUGCUUCCGUAAAUUCCAAAGAGAAACCAGAAUCGGGCGAUAGCUCAACCAAGCAGAAUGGCGUCAUCAAGAACGCUGACUCGAAAUCGUCACAGCAAUCUUCCGAGGAGCAGACUUCGCAUUCACCGCAGAAAUCUCCGCUUCCACCGCGCCAGGGACGACCGUCACCAGAUGCGAGUCAAUUUCCCAACAGGAACCGCCCUCUGCCCUCCCUCCCCAAGCCGGUGUUUGACAAGAAAAGUAUGCACGUGAAGAAAUGGGCGGGGCCCGAGGUGUACGAUCCGAGGGAAGAAGAUGGCGACUUGUAUGACGUCAUGGACAGUACAAACAUGUAAACACGUCAUAGACAGUUCAAACGUGUCAACACAGUUCACUGGUACUCACAGGACUCGUGUCUCAGCCGAUAGAAUCUUGACUGUCAGAGGUGUUUCCAUAAAAAAAAAGUGGCGGGGCAAAAAGGGGAGGGGGGACAUAAUAGGUGAAUUUGCAGUGGGCACAUACAAAACUAACAACUUGACAAUAAAUUCGAAUCACAUUUAAAAGAAAUGUGAGGUAUAUACCUGAGUUUGUCCCAGCAGUUAUGACCCAAUUCGAAUCUGACCUCGAGAUUGUCAGCCUGACUUAGGUAGACGUAGCUAAUUCAAACCUGUUUACCCCUACGCUUUCGCCGUAGUAACUGCGUAGUGUUUCAGACUGACUAUGGCACUACCACGAGCCUUAAAGAAAUACGUUACCGGUUUUUUACGUUUGUUUGGGUUAAUUUUAUUAUUUAAAAAAAAAAAAAAAAAUUGAGAUGUUUCCAGGAAAAACUGACCGUAUUCUUUGUGUCAACACCGUAAGCAAUUAAAUCAGAAUAAGAGUGAUUGGACUUUGCGGUCUCGAUCUCAUGGAACCGACCAGAAAUUUUUUUUCUUUUUCUUAGAAAAUGAAUUGUUAAAACCGGUCCUUAACUGCCGAUGUGUCAUCUAUUUUUAGUCCCUAGUGUUGCUUAUCGCUUGAAUUUGGUCUCAAUGGCUAAGCAGUUUAAUUGCGCAUGUGCUUUCAAAGUUUCAGAUGUUUUCGUAUUUAAACAAAAAUCGUACCGUAAUGCUUUGGAAAUUUUUUUCUGCCU